AAAAAUCAUCCUCGAAAAACGUAACCAAGAAAUCAACAAUGAUGAAACGUUCAUCAUCGUCGUCAGCAAAAAUUUUCUUAAUUCUUCUAUUUAUUUGUCUCAUUAGUGGGAACGAGGUCACAUCAGAUCGUGAUUAUUGGGGCCCAAAUUCAGGUCUUUGCAAAUUCACUUCUUUCCCAGCAGUGUUUUUGGAUCUUCGAGGCGGUGUUUGCAAGGAUAAAGAAUGUGAUAGCGCAUGCAACAAAAUGUUUGGAAAAUUGGGAUUAUUUAUCAAAGGACGGUGUGAGCAAUUAUAUUGUGCAUGCUAUGAAAUAUGCUAUAAGCUCCCACCUCGAGCAAUCCAAAAUUAAAUUAAGUGACAGAAUAAUUUCUUGCG